UCGGGACUGCGUGCGCAUCGGCAUGAGUCCGCGAACAUUCAAACAGCGGGGGUGUGGGGAUACCAAACCGGCAGUGUUUGAGUAACUCCGAACGUGGGAGCUGUAUAUUUGUUGUUUCUUAUAACUAUCAUCACUCCAUGUUCUACCUUCAAACCUCCGCAAACUUGUACGCGUUGUUUUUUAUUAUAAUAAAUAUUUUAAAAAAUAAAACGCGCGAGUUUUAAGUGAUUUUUAAAAUUUAAGUGAUAGUGACAUUAAGUGUUGGUGACAUUAUUAAAUAAUUAUUUAAUAUUGGAUACCGCUGUGAAUGUUUAUAAAUAUUUAUUCAAAUAAUAUAAAAAGUGAUUGUGAAUAAAUGAUUUAUUUAUACACACUCAGUUGGAUAUUAAAUAAAUAAUUGGCAUAAAACAAGUGUUUUAUUUAAAAAAAAAAAAAAUGCCUCGACCGUCGCGAGAUACAUAUGGAGACCAAAAACCUCCCUAUUCAUAUAUAUCACUUACAGCAAUGGCAAUAUGGUCAUCACGUGAUAAAAUGCUACCGUUAGCGGAAAUUUACAAAUUUAUUGCCGACAGAUUUCCGUACUACCGCAAAGAUACAAGAAGAUGGCAAAAUUCAUUGAGACACAAUCUGUCAUUCAAUGAUUGUUUUAUCAAGGUGCCGAGAGGUCCACAUCGACCGGGCAAAGGCGCGUACUGGGCAUUACAUCCAGCGGCAUUGUCAAUGUUUGAAAACGGAUCGUUGUUGCGUCGACGAAAACGGUUCAAAUUACAUAAACCAGAUAAAGAACUUCUCAAGACAGAACUACAGGCUCUGGCUUCAGCGAUGCCACCACCGGCCCACGGUGCCGCGGAAGGGAUAUCGGGAGUGCCAACGUCCUCAAGUUCGGCAGGAAGUUUGAAUGCCGCAAAUUUGCAUCGGCUGAGAGAAGAUCUUUUGAGAUGGGAGUUGCAAGAAAGAAGAAUGAUGGUGGCAUCAUCAUCUGCCGCGGCAAGUUUCGGCGGAAUAGAAACUCCGACGCCCGAACCAGCAUCUGCGGGUGCUAUUGCUGUGGCACCACCGCCGGGUUAUUAUUUACUUUCACCAGAAACACGACAAAGAUUAUCAGAAGUUAACGAAGUUAAUCGUUCUUAUGACGCAACUACACUUCUCCGAACCGGUAAUUGGGCUUUUACAACAGGUUUCAAUGGUUCUUAUAUGGGCCACUUGCCAGCUUACUUGCAAUCCUCGCCGCCAAAUCGUCAGUCUAUUUUAACAACAGACUUGUCUGAAAACCAUUCGAUGCCCAGCAAUCCUCGCGAGGACAUAAGCUACAGUCGAGAAAGAACUUUCCAAGUGUAUCGUGACCGUCUCUACGACGACGACGUCAAAAGAUUAGACGGAACGUAUUCUCACUCGCCGACUUUACCUUCAAAAAUCUACAAACCACCGGACAUUGUGUUCGGAUCAAGUUCCUCGCCAAGAUUGUCACCCAGUUACGCCGACGGUACUGACGUAGUAGUCGGUAUCGACCAACGGACACCCCAGACAUCACCUAGUCUCGAGGCGACAGUGAUUCCCAUAUCGAAUUCUAAUUCAAAGCUGAGUCGUCAGAAAAAAACCAAAAAACCCUUUACUAUUGAAAACAUUAUCGCGCCAGACGAAGACGAUAAAAUUUCUAUUAAAGACAAUAGUAGCAGUAGCAGUAGUAUUAGUAAUCAUAGCAGCAAUAGUGAUACGCCCAUUAGGAUAAAUAACAACAAUAAUAACAAAAACGGUUUGCUGAUACCCAGACCCCUGUACGCCGGGUAUCCACUGACCGUCUCUGAACACGGAGUCCACAGGUCGCCUUACGGCACAGCGACUUGAAGUCGGAGUUAAUUUUCAUACAGCAAUCAAUCCAUUGAUUGAAAUGUCAACUGGACCCUCAUCGCGGAUGCUCAGUGAUAGAUCCAAAGUGUCCGACAAGGGCCGUUACGAUCGUUGACGGUAACUAUGGUUACUCAAUCAACUAGAAAAUAUAUAUUUAUCGAGCAACUCAACCACUAUGUGUACAUUUAGUUUCGGGAUAUAUCGUAUUAUAGAAUAAUAGAUAGAAAAAAGACUCGAGUUAAGUUAAGCUGAGUUUAGUUUAGUUUAGCUGAGUUGAGUUGUUUGUUGUGGGAGGGAUCGAUAAAAAGACUCACGGGCAAAGUGCCUAUAUAUCCUAACAUACAAUGUAUAAUACUGUAAUGAUACUAUUAAUAUUAUUAUUAUGAUUAUUAUUAUUAUUUGUCUGUGUUAUACUCCUAGUGGACGUGUAUCAUAGAGAGAAUAUGCUGUGAUGAUUAUAUGCGUGUUAACACAGAAAUAAUAACACAGGAUUUUGUAAACUAAAACGUGCUACUUGUCGUUAUUGUCGUCGUGUCGUCGUUAUAAACGUUCUAGUUAUGUUGUAUACUUCUAUAUAUAUAUAUAUAUAUACAUUGUAAUGACAGUGAAAAAUAAGACUAUAAUAUCUGGAUCUAGUAAGGAAGUGUGUAGAUAUUCUGUAAUUUCCGUGAUACACUUAUUUAUAAAAUUAUCUUUUCCAUGAAAUUUAUAAACUAGUAUCUCUUAUUUUUGUGAUAUGUUGAAGGUUUGUUAUUAUUAUUAUUUAAAAGUUUUUAAUGCGACGACUCGCAUUAAAUGUAAGUGGAGUAGAGUUUUAAAAAUCAGAAUAAAUUGUCGAUGAUUUAAAUCGAACCUGUAAAAAUAAAUAUCUCAAAGUUUUUAAAAAUAAUAAUUUAUCUAAAUAUAUUAUAAAUACAUAUAUUUUAUAAUA